AUGGCUAGAGAGGCCGAUGUCACUGUUUCACAACUCCUAGGCAACGAGAACAUUCCCGCCACGGUGGAAGGGGAUAACCAACUAGUAUGGAUAUUUCAACCCAAGAAACCUCUCGUCAGGCCUAAGCUUGUCAAGCAGCUAUCAACGCAAAUGUACAGAUUACAUAGCUGGUACAUGAGGGAAGCAGAACUCGGGCUUACGGGCCUCAUGGCAGGGUUUGGAUCCGGUUCAUCAAGAAUGCUCGCGGUGAAUGAAAACCAAAGCUGCGAUGGACAACGUCGAGGGAACCGGGGAAUAAUCUAUGUGCAUACUAUGUUUGCGAGAACAUUCGUGAACAAACUGAACGGGUCAAAAAUCCAGGAACUCGUGAGUUUUAUAAAAACAUCCCUCUGUUUCUUCGUAAUCAACCCGCGGUCCUUCAUUAAGUGGAAAAAACGUUUCGUUUUUUCAAAUAAACCCCUGCAUUGGGGUGGGCCAAGGCAGCAGCCAGCCACCGACUCCUCCCGAGCCCGUGAUCUGCUCACUACGCCGCCGCCCCGCUCUUCCCGCCGGUCGCCGCCUCGCUCCUCCCAACGAUCGCCGGCCUCGAUCCACGCCGGAUCCCGCCGCCGGCGAGCUGCCGAAGCCUUCGCCCCCAGCCGUGCCUCCUGUGGAGCUCCGCCCAGAUCCGGAGCGCAGGCGGAGCAUCUGGCGAUUGAGGAGAUCCUCACCGACGGGGGUCACCGGCGUCGAGGUGGGUCUCUCCCGACCAUGUCUGUGACCACCCUCUCCUUCACCAUCCACAAAAAAACGAGUCAAGCGACCGCCUCCCACCCGCAUCUAGAUCCGCCGCCAGCCUGCAUCCUUCACUGCAUCAUCCUCCCCGCAUCCGGCCUGCGUACUCUCCGCCGCACCGGGGCCCAGGCCGACGUGGUCCGCUCCGGGCCCUAUACCUUCCGCUCGCAACCCCACCCCUUGGAUAGGGUUUCGGAGGAGCUGCUCGCCACGGAGGAGAUCCUCACAAGCGGUGGUCGGGCUUGCACACGCGCAGCGAAGUGAGGCCGGGGUUGGGCGAUGGCUCUCCCGACACAAACCGGAUCGAGGUAAGGCAUGGCGUCUCGGGCACGUCGCCGCAUCCUUCCCAGCCCAGACGCACCACCCCAUCCAGCCGCCGCAUCACCGCGCCCGCCGCCCAAACUGGUCUCGACCGUCGCCGGGAUUCCACGGUUGCCACAACACUCGCUGGUGAUGUGCAUCGUUCCCGCAAGACCCCCCUCCUCCCGCGAGCUCC